GCCGAGGCACAGCAAAGCCUGCAGCUUCCAUACCCAUCCUGAGAGCAAAUAACUUAUUCGCACAACUUAAACACUUAAUUAACUAAAUGGAAAGCAAGGCAGCGAAUGAUUCCUGACAUGGCUGAAUUUAAGUCAAGCUGUGAAGCUCUAGGGGCAGCCAGAAAUGGAGAUGGACAACAUGAACUGAAACCUGAGAGCUUCUGAGGGGCUUUGGACCACUGCUUCUCAGCAGUUUUUCUUAAAUUAGCAAGAAAGCCUGGACCCUGGUGAAACGGAGAAAUGGACACAAGUCUCCUGAGUGUCACCAUUCUCUUGGUUUUAUCCAUCUUUAUCCAAUCAAAUGCCUAUGGACAAAGCCUGAAACCAGAGCCAGUUGGAAGAACUCGAGCUGUUGAAACAAACAGAACACUGCAUGAGACAAAGACCAGAUUCCUGCUCUUUCGAGAAACCAGUCGGGGCUGUCAGAUUCAAAUCAAUCGUCUGGACAGGUUACAGGAGUGCGGCUUCAACUCCUCCCUGCCUCUGGUGAUGAUAAUCCACGGGUGGUCGGUGAAUGGCAUCCUAGAAAACUGGAUCUGGCAGCUGGUGGCCGCACUGAAGUCUCAGCUGGCACAGCCAGUGAACGUGGGGCUGGUGGACUGGAUCACCCUGGCCCAAAACCACUAUACCAUCGCCGUUGGCAACACGCGCCUCGUGGGCAAGGAGGUCGCGGCUCUUCUCCGGUGGCUGGAGGAAUCUGUUCAAUUCUCUCGAAGCCAUGUUCAUCUAAUUGGCUACAGCCUGGGUGCACACGUGUCAGGAUUUGCCGGCAGUUCCAUCGGGGGAACGCGCAAGAUCGGGAGAAUCACAGGGCUGGAUCCUGCGGGCCCUUUGUUUGAGGGAAGAUCCCCCAGCGAUCGUCUUUCUCCAGAUGAUGCCAAUUUUGUGGAUGCCAUUCACACCUUUACCCGGGAGUAUAUGGGCCUGAGUGUGGGCAUCAAACAGCCCAUCGGGCACUAUGACUUCUAUCCCAACGGGGGCUCCUUCCAGCCUGGCUGCCACUUCCUAGAGCUCUACAGACACAUCGCCCAGCACGGCUUCAAUGCCAUCACCCAGACUAUCAAAUGCUCCCACGAGCGAUCGGUGCACCUUUUCAUUGACUCCUUGCUGCCCGCCGGCACGCAGAGCACCGCCUACCCGUGCAGGGACAUGGACAGCUUCAGCCAGGGCCUGUGCCUGAGCUGCAAGAAGGGCCGCUGCAACACGCUGGGUUACCACAUCCGCCAGGAGCCGCAGAGCAGGAGCAAGAGGCUCUUCCUUGUGACGCGAGCCGAGUCCCCCUUCAAAGUUUAUCAUUACAGCUUCAAGAUCCAUUUCAUCAACCAACGUGAGAAGCCAAUGGAAACAACUUUUACCAUGUCACUACUCGGAACGAAAGAGAAAAUGCAGAAAAUUCCCAUCACUCUGGACAAAGGAAUUGCUAGUAAUAAAACGUAUUCCUUUCUUAUCACGCUGGAAGUGGAUAUCGGUGAGCUGAUCAUGAUCAAGUUCAAGUGGGAAGGCAGCGCGGUGUGGGCCAAUGUGUGGAACACGGUCCAGACCAUCAUCCCAUGGGGCACAAGGCCCCACCACUCGGGCCUCCUUCUGAAGACGAUCAGAGUCAAAGCAGGAGAAACCCAGCAAAGAUCUCCCAACAUGAUCAAUUUGGGAAGAUUAAAUGCUCACUCCUCUUCUGCACUGAGCUCUUCUCACACAACUCUUUGGCCCAUUAGAGCCAUGCUGCUUCUGAGCUCCUACCCUGCUCACAUGCCCUUAGCUGGAGAGUAAUUCCUCAGUUUGGAUGGCUGCUCACCCUGCCAGUCCCAUGUUGUCUAAAGCACGGCACUGCCUUCCGGGGCACACCCAUGUGGUACUGAAGAAGAAAUGAGGAGAGGGAGGGGCCUGGCGCUUUCAGGGCUCCCACAUGUGGUGGGCAUUGAACUAGGCGCUCCAUGCAUUGAUCUCAUGUGAUCUUUGUUGUGAUCCUGAAAUGGGUAGUAUUGGCCGUGCAGAGUAGGAACCGGCGGCUCACAGAAGUUAUGCAGCUUGAGAACAUGGCUCAGAAUUGUCCCAAAUUGUCCCAGUCCAGAUUUGACUGGAGUUUGUCUGAUUAAUUACCCAUUCGUUGGCAGUGUACUGUUUCCAACAAUUCCUUCUUCCAUUAGUUUUGGUUCCAUUAAUCUGAAUGUUCUCAGUCUAAUCUAGCAGAGUUGCAGUGCUGGAUAUUAACAUAUACAUGCAUUAAACCCAUACUUAGGGGUACAGGAAGCUGAAGCAGGAGAAUCGCAUGAACCCACAGGAGGUGGAAGUUAUACUUUUUUAUUAGGUAACUA